AUGGCAUCCCCGCCGCCGUCGCCGGAGCCGGACUGGGCCGGCCUCCCUGAUGAUGCCCUGCUUACAGUGUUCGAGCGCCUGGGCGCGCCGGAGGUGCUCAUGGGCGCCGGGGUCGUGUGCCGCAACUGGCUCCGCGUCGCCACCGGCGAGCCCGACCUCUGGCGCCGUGUUGACCUGUCCGACUGCUUCGACCCCACCAUCGACAUGGUGGCCAUGGCGUGCGCGGCCGUCGACCGCGCCGACGGCCGCCUCGAGCACUUCGCCGCCGAUUGUUUCGUCACCGACGCGCUGCUCUUCUACAUGGCCAAGAGAACUAAUGGGUUGAAAAGCCUUCGGCUAGUUAACUGCAUGAAAGUCUCACACAAAGGCUUGGUUGCUCUGGGCAAGAGAUCGCCCCAUCUCGAGGAGCUUGAGCUUACUACCUGCUCCAUCUAUAUUUCGAUGAAGGCUGUUGGCCAAGCAUUCCCACAGCUGAAGCGGCUGCGGCUGAACAACCGGUGGGUCAAUGUUGAGUGUGAAGAACAGUUCGAUAACCACCGUGCCCUCGACAUCGCCAGCAACAUGCCUGAGCUACGUCACCUUCAGCUCUUCGCCAAUCGGCUCCACAACAGUGCACUUGCUGCCAUACUUGACAACUGCUGCCACCUCGAGUCCCUAGACCUGCGCCAGUGCUUCAACAUCCACAUCGACGCAGAGCUGCGGGCAAAGUGUGCAAGGCUUAGAGACGUGAGGCUACCCAAGGACUCGACCAAUGACUACGAUCACGAGGCGUACAUUGAGACGCUUGAGCUGAAUUCCCUUCCACUUCUUUUUGCCCACGAUGGUGUUUUUACACAGCAAUACCCCUUCCAUGGAUCUGACCACAGUGAUGAGGAUGAUCAGGAAGAUCUGGACGUAGCCCUUGGUCAUUUGGCUUUAUGA